AUGUUAUACACACUUUCCCUUUUGGCGCUUUGCGCUACUACGGCUACUGCGUCCUAUGGAAGCAAUUUGAACUACCGCAGUCCUUCUCUUCACCAUCCCUCUUUGGGUAUAUCUGUGCCCAAGGUUCUGAAGAGAACUGACCCGGCUAUCGAAUUUGCACCUGAGAAAUUGAACUUCACUCACGGUGUCGCGUCUGGAGACCCCUACGCCAACUCUGUCAUUUUGUGGACGAGAUGCUCUCCCCAUUUUGACGAUGUCAAUGAUAACAGCACUGUAUCUGGAGAUGUACCACUCUACAACCCUGUCCCAAUUCACAAGGACACAGAUGAGCAUAAACCUGUCUCUAAGGCUCCUAUUUGCCUGGAAUACAAGGUUGCCAAGGAUGAGAAGUUCAAGAAAGUCGUGGAAAAGGGAACUGUCUAUACCAGUUCCGAUGUUGAUUACACUGUCAAGGUUGAAGCUACGAAGUUAAAGCCAUUCACCAAUUACUACUAUCAAUUCAACGUCUGUGGCUCCGACAAGAAGAGCCCAGUCGGACGUACCAAGACAGCGCCAGCUGAGCAUGACUUGGUCAAGGACAUCUCCCUUGCCGUCUACUCUUGCAGCAACUACCCCUUCGGUUUUUUCAAUGCAUACGGAAACCCAGUGCGAAAGGAUUCCGUUGACUACGUUCUUCACCUCGGCGAUUACAUCUACGAAUACCAAGAUGGUCACUAUGGUUCUGGAAAAGACAUUGGACGCGUUCCAUUGCCUGACCGUGAAAUCUUCACUCUCUAUGACUACCGCAAGCGUCAUGCUACCUACAGAACCGAUCUUGACUUGCUUGCCAGUCACCAGCGCUUCCCUUGGAUCCCGGUCUGGGACGACCACGAGGUCGCUGACAAUACCUACCGCGAUGGAUCAUCCCAGCUCAAUAACACUGAAAAAUCCUUCGUCGCUGACGGUGGAAUCAGCACCGACCAGAGAAAGAUGAAUGCUGUCCGCGCGUAUUUUGAGUGGAUGCCUAUCAGACAAGUGGAAAUGGACGACAACCUCCGUAUCUGGCGCAACUUCCAGCUCGGUUCGCUGGUUGAUGUCCUCAUGCUUGAUACCCGUGUGUAUGAUCGAUCCAUCACCGACCUAUAUUGGAAUAAGGAUUACGUUAGCCAGCUUCGCGGCGAUGCCAGCCGCAGUCUGAUGGGCUCUCGCCAGGAAAACUGGUUCUAUCGAAACCUCAUCGAGUCUGCCGAGCGAGGUGCAAAGUGGCGUGUCAUUGGCAGCCAGAUCGUGUUCUCCCAUAUCAAUGAGUCUGCUGCCUUCGGCGCUGACCGUAACCUCAACCAUGAUGCCUGGAGUGGCUAUCAGGCAAACCGAAACCGCACCUUCAAGACACUCUAUGACCACAACAUUCCAAACAACAUCAUGAUUGCAGGCGACAGCCAUGCCAACUGGGUGAGUGACCUUGUCUGGCUCGACGAGGUUCCAUAUGACCCCAUGACCGGUGAGGGUGCCAUUGGUGUUGAAUUCGCUGGCUCUGCCAUCAGCUCUCCAUCCCCCGCAGGCGCCAAAAUCAGCAUCAAGGACUCGGUUGAGAAGUCCAAGUUGCUCGCAACCACCAACAAGGUCCUGCAGUGGUCUGAAUUGUACUACCGUGGCUAUUUCGAGCUGCACUUCAACCAGAAGGAAGUCCAGGCUCGAUUCUUUGGAACCCCCCAUAUCCGUGACCGAAACCCGGAUGAGAUCUCUCUGGCCAACUUCACUGUCAAGGCGGGAGCCAACCGCCUUGACCGCGGCAAACUGGGUGUUCCUGGUGGUGGCGUGGUAGAGAACGGCUGGCUUAAGGGUGGAAAGGUUGUUCAGACCAAUCUGACCAAAAACACCGAGAGCGGAAUGUGGCACAUCAACAAGUAA